AUGAGAGUGCUCAUUGUGCUCGCUAUAGCACUCCUCUACAGUACCCAUGCACAGCUCUCCGAAGACUCUUCGGAGCUAGAAUUCGGCGGCGGACCACCACGUCCAUCUCCCGAUGGACCACCGUUUCCCCGCUUCUUGAUGCACGUGCCACGAUUCGCUAGAAAGGAGUUUUUCGAUAUUGUCAGCAAUGAGGGACUCUCCCAAGAUGAGCAAAGCGCACAACUCACAAUCUGGGCAAAGGCAUUCAAUGUUACUGAUGAGUUCAAUGCCUGGACUAAACAAGUGCAGGCACAAAAAGAUGCUAUCACUCAAAAUGUGCAAGCAGUAGUUGCUAACAUUUCAACAGUCUACAACCAACUUGAGGAGAUUCUUUCGAACACGAACCUUACUAGAAGAGAUCAGCACGAUCAGAUCCGCAAGCUAGGAACCACAUUCCCAAGAGAAGUUCGCGCUUUGUUCUUCAUUGCUCGCAACUAUCGCCCGGAGAGCAAGGCUCCAGUUUUUGGUCUCGAGCAAGGAAGAGUGAUGAAGAAGCCUCAGAUGGUUCCAUUCGGAUUUCAACAACAACAAGGCGGGCAACAACCACCAAUGAUGGCGUUUGCUCCGUUCAUGUUCGGAGGGCAGAGUCAGCAAGGAUUCGGUAGACGCGGACCACCAGGACCACCCGGACCGAUGGGAUUCGGGCCCAGACCACAAGGCCCUUCAGAACCGUCUGGAUCAGACUUCAGACCACAAGACGGCUUCCCAGGUCGCCAAGGAGCUGGAGGACAACGUGGGCCACCAGGGCCACCAAGACUCGGACCAAGACCAGAUUUUGGAACAGACUCCGGCUCUCAAGAAGACUUUCCAAAACGUCGUAGACCCGGAGGACCACCAAGAGGGAACUUCGGAGAAGGACCCCAACAAGAUUCCCAACAAAACGCCUUCCAAAGCCGGGGAGGAUUAUCCAGACGUCAAGAGCAGGGAUCUGAUCUUCAAGCACCAGACAACCAGAAUUUAGCUAAGAGACAGUUCCCACGCGCGCGUCCUAGUUCUAUGGGAAUGAACUCUGAUUCUUCGGAGGACUCUGGACAGGGAAUGAGCAGAAGAGCUGGUCAAGGAUCAAAUUCCCAACCUGACUCCGGAUCGAAUGAUGACUUCCCAGGACGUAGAGGACCACCAGGAGAACGUGGAGGACGCGGACAGGGACCACCAGGGAGAACGCGGAGGACGCGGACAGGGGCACCAGAACCACCAGGAUUUGGACCAAGACCACACGGACCAUAUUUUGGACCUGACUCAGACUUCCCAGAUCGUCGUGGGCCAGGAGUACGCAGAGGACGCGGACAGGGACCACCAGGACCAUCAAGAUUCGGACCAAGGCCACAAGGAUCCGAUUUCGGACCACAGGAUGACUUCCCAGAUCGUCGUGGACCAGGAAGUCGCGGUGGACGCGAACAGGGACCACCAGGCUUCGGACCAAGACCACAAGGACCAGACUUUAGACCUGACUCAGAUUUCCCAGAUAGACGCGGACCAGAAGGACGUGGUGGACGCGGACAUGGGCCAUCAGGAGCAUCAGGAUUUGGACCAAGACCACAAGGACCCGAUUUUGGACCUGACUCGGACUUCCCAGAUCGCCGUGGACCGGGAGGACGUAGAGAACGUGGACAGGGACCAUCGGGAUUCGGACCAAGACCACAAGGACCAGACUUCGGACCACAUGACGACUUCCUAGAUAGACGUGGGCCAGGAGGACGUGGAGGACGUGGACAGGGACCACCAGAAUUUGGACCAAGACCACAAGGAUCCGACUUCGAGCCACAGGACGACUUCCCAGAUCGUCGUGGACCAGGAGGACGUGAUGGACGCGGACAAGAGCCAUCAGGAUCAUCAGUCUUCGGACCAAGACCACAAGGACCAGACUUUAGACCUGACUCAGAUUUCCCAGAUAGACGCGGACCAGAAGGACGUGGUGGACGCGGACAUGGGCCAUCAGGAGCAUCAGGAUUUGGACCAAGACCACAAGGACCCGAUUUUGGACCUGACUCGGACUUCCCAGAUCGCCGUGGACCGGGAGGACGUAGAGAACGUGGACAGGGACCAUCGGGAUUCGGACCAAGACCACAAGGACCAGACUUCGGACCACAGGACGACUUCCUAGAUAGACGUGGGCCAGGAGGACGUGGAGGACGUGGACAGGGACCACCAGAAUUUGGACCAAGACCACAAGGAUCCGACUUCGAGCCACAGGACGACUUCCCAGAUCGUCGUGGACCAGGAGGACGUGAUGGACGCGGACAAGAGCCAUCAGGAUCAUCAGUCUUCGGACCAAGACCACAAGGACCAGACUUUGGACCUGACUCGGACUUCCCAGAUCGUCGUGGACCGGGAGGACGUGGAGAACGUGGACAGGGACCAUCGGGAUUCGGACCAAGACCACAAAGACCCGAUUUCGGACCAGACUUGGGGCCUCAAGAUGACUUCCCCGGCCGUUCAGGACCAGGUGGUCAACAGAGACGUGGUGGACGUGGACCGCAAGGGCCAGACUUCAGCUCAGAUGAGAACUCCUCUCAGGGACGUGGAUUUUCUAGAGUUCAAAAUCCAAGGUUCAACCCAUUCUCUCAACAAAACAUGGGUCGCCAAUUCGAUGACUCCCAAACAUCAGCUCCAACUCAAAAAUACUUUGAACGUCAGGCUAGCCAGGGAAUGAGAUUUGAUCAAGCCUCGGGAUUCGGAAUGCGUGGUGCCGCACUUCAACAGGAUAACAACAACAACGACGACUUCGCCAACACAUUAUAA